AUGUUGGGUCAAAUUUCAUCACUUACACAAGGUGCUCCAAUAACAUGUGGCAAGAUUCGAAUCACAUUAGCACCAUGCCUUUCAUACCUUAGGAGAAAUGGUGGUAGAGACUUGAUCCCUAGAAAAUGUUGUCAUGGGGUUAAGAAGGUGAACCAUGGAACCAAGAACAAACAAGAUCGUCAAUCUGUUUGCAAGUGCAUCAAAAGAACAACUCAGAAUGUUAAGGGUCUGAAUCUUAAGAAGCUUGCUAAUCUUCCUCAAAAGUGUGGAGUUAAAUUGCCUUACAAGUUAUCCCCUUCCAUGGAUUGCAACAAGUAA